AUGAGGACAUGUCUAGGUAAAAGAGGAUGUAUGGUCUCCCUAAAACUGACCAUCAAUCACACUGCGAGGCAUCAUCACUUUAACCUACCACCAAUCACCACUCACUCCACAUUACUCACAGCCAAUUCCACCAGAACAUUUGGUACCUACUGCAAGUUCUGGAAGGCUGGGAUGCUGGGUUCAGAGGGUCUACAGAGCUCAGACCUAACGUUAGCAUGGCUAGCUGAGGCAGCAUGUGUGUUUCUGUCAUCAGCUGUCCUUCAGUGUUUGUCUCUCCAUCAGAUCCAAGCUUCACCUUCUGACAUCAAUGACCCCUUAGACAGCCAGGUAGCUUGA